UAAGAGAGCAAUCUGUCACGUGACAGAAUAAAAAGGAGGAAGUCAAAGUAGGCGGAAGUUGAAUGUUGAAUCAGAAGGGUGGAACGAAAAAAAAAGAACAAAUUGUCAAAAAUACAAUUUAAACAUGCCGGCUUAUCAUUCCUCUUUAACAAGCCAACGGUUGGUGGCUAAUAUGGGAUUGUUACCAAUAAAAACUCAGUACAAAGGUCCAGCAGCAAAAGAAGUGAAUGGAACUGAUAUCAUUGAUGAAGCCAUUGGGUUUUUCAAAGCCAAUAUUUUCUUCAGAAGUUAUGAAAUCAAGAGUGAAGCUGAUAGAACUUUGAUUUAUGUAACUUUAUACAUCAGUGAAUGUUUGAAGAAAUUGCAAAGGUGUUCAAGUAAAAGUCAAGCAGAAAAAGAAAUGUACACAUUAGGAAUUACUAACUUUCCCAUUCCCGGUGAACCAGGAUUUCCUUUAAAUGCUUUGUUCACAAAACCAACAAAACAAGAAGAUGAAACAAUGAGAGCCUAUUUGCAACAACUACGACAAGAAACUGGACUUAGAAUGAUAGAAAAAGUAUUUGAUCCUAAUUCCAACAAACCAAGCAAGUGGUGGUUAUGCUUUUCAAAGAGAAAGUUUAUGGACAAAAGCUUAUCUCCUGCUGGACAUUAAAGAAGAGAAAAAUAAAAAA